AUGCUGGCCAUUGCUUCAAAGGCCCGAAAGGAGAAGCCCGCUGGGCAGCGUUUGAGAAGGGAGAGCCAACUUUAUCAUGACAAGGGUCGGUUUGAAGUCCUCGCUGCCUCUGCGAAAGGCGUUCUCACCCCUGAGCCUGGUAAACACUCUUUUACAGCAUUCCUACUUCGCGAGCUCCGUGGGCGCAUCGAGGAAGGCGUAACGGUCCGCGAUCUUGCUGGUAUACUUUCAGAGAAUGACAAAAUUACGGCCACGCCAUAUUACGUAGAUCUUGCACGCACAAAAGCUACGAGCACUCCAAUCAAGAAGCUCAAGGUUACCCUGGACCCACGCUUUAUGAGAAAACCUUCUGGAUACCUCAUGUUCCGUGUCUCCCUGACAGACGACUUGACGGGCCGUCAAAUUGCAGAUUGGCUCAAAACCGCACCUCCAGAAUCUGUCACGGCAGUGAACAUCGAAGCAGUUGUAACGAAAGCUCGCAGAUUGCAGAAAAAUCUCAGUAGUGAGGCAUUCCCUCCGGGAUCCUUACUCAGUAAACUGCCGUUGCAUGAACAACAACUGAUCCUGAGGGAAUUGCAAAGCCUGAACACGACUAUGUCCGCUACUGCAGGCCUUGAACAGGAUCAGUUGAUGCAAGCAGAUAAGCAAUCAAUCAGCGAUGACUUGCAGCCAAUGAAAUACCGCGUCUUAGCUCCCAGAGAUGAUGUGCAGGAACCUGUACCCUCGAACCUGGAAGGCAAGGAUGUAGGAAAAAUGGAUCCAUCAAUCGCGGAUUCCGCCGGAACAACUGAAGCCGCUUCUCUGCGGUCGCUUCUUAUUCGUGAGAAAGCAAUUACAAAAAGCUUGGAGCUGGACAUCCAUAGUAUCCGGGAUAUCGACAGCUCAAAACGCUUUGGCACCGGCCUUCUCAACGAUCGCCAGGUCCUCACAGAAUUCUUUGAUUUUGCUGAGGAUCCAGAGACGGGCAACCCCUACGAUGAAACAGUCCAGCAGUUAAUAAAUUUGACUGCCGUCCUCUGUCACUCCAAAGGGCCAAGAUACCACAUUCUGCCUUGCGUUGGCUACGUUCAUGACAAAUUGACCCACACGUUCGGCCUCGUGUUCGAGCCACCACUCCUUUCCAACUUAGAAAAAGGACCAACGACGCUCCACCAAAUGUUCGAUUUGGAGCCAUUUGUACCACUCGGUCACCGGUUUCGGCUCGCUCACGCGCUUUCAGUAGCGCUUGAGAGCUUUCAUCGCAUUGAGUGGGUUCACAAAGAGAUUCGAAGUGAUAACCUCGCUUUCAUGCCGCUAGCGACUGCUUCUGACUCAGGAAUACCGGGGUCUCAAGCCUUAGCAGGAGAUGUUGAUCUUGCAGCACCCUGGCUAUUCGGUUUCGAGUAUGCCCGAGCUGAGGCGGCCGGAACACUAAGAGAUGAGGAUCACAACAUUGACAACAAUCUCUACCGCCAUCCUGAUCUCUGGGGUAAGCCGCAGGUUGAUUUCACAAAGGCUCAUGAUAUUUAUUCUCUGGGUAUCAUUCUGUACGAGAUCGCUGUUUGGGAGAAUAUCAAGGCCACAUUGAAGUUCCAAGAUCGUCAGCGCAUUUCCUCGUAUUUUAUCCGCGCCAUGGAGAUUAUGCCAACUUUGGACAAUAUCAACAUCCCUAUGGUAGUCAUGUUGACCACUUCCAUACUAUUUCUUGUUCUAUUACAAGUAUUCUCUCGCCAUCGUGGUGAAGCCCUGGAGGUUACUCAGCUCUUUGUCUAUCCCGUCAAAGGUCUGCGUGGAUGCUCUUUGCAAAACGCCCCGACUGGCCCGUAUGGCUUACUCGGUGACCGAGUAUUCUGCUUGCAAAGGGUAUAUCGCGACAAGAACGAUCCAUCCAAGAAACGGCACGAGACCAUGUUUAUCGGUUACAAUUUGGAGCUGGCCCUCUUCUCAGUUACCCUUAAUUUCGGUGGAAAUGGCCACGAUUUGGCGAAGAGCGAAGUCGUUGUGACUUGGAACGGCCUCAAUACCGACAUCGAUUUAGCAAAGGAUGUCCACGCUCAGGACAUGGCUCGGUUUCCGCUGAAGCCCAGUAUCGAAGGCCGAGAUGAAUUCGAAGUCAGCCUCCACAAAAGCCCAACCAAAGCAUACGACAUGGGAGAUGAUAUCUCCAGCUGGUUCACAGAGCGGCUCGCUUUCAAUGAUAUUGCGCAUUACCUUGUCGUCACCGAAGAGUCGAAUGACGAUGUCACCACGCGAUUGGAAGACGAUUGUAAAAUGGACAUUAGAAAAUUUCGACCGAACAUUGUUGUGAAGGGAGCAUCAGGUCCGUUCGUUGAAGAUUUUUGGGGCGAGCUUACAUUCGAGAGCGGCAUUCUGAUGCCCUUGACUGCCAACUGCUAUCGUUGCCAGAGUAUCACAGUCGACUACAACACAGGCAAGACUGCAGCAGAUGACCGAGGUACUGUUUGGAAGAAACUGAACAAGUACCGAAGAGUGGACCAAGGCGCAAAGUACAGCCCCGUAUUUGGACGCUACGGUUACUGCUUUGGUUCCUCACCAAAGGACAACUUUCGAUUGGCCCAGCUUAGCAAGCUUCGGUGUUAG